AUGGGCGGCGGCUCCGAGCCGGGAGGCGACCCGCAGGGGCGCGGCGCGGGGGCUGCGGACGGCCCGGCCGCGCCGCCGCCCGACCUGACGGACCCGCCCGCCGACGCCGCGGCCCGGGAGGCGCCCGGGGAGCCGGGCGAGGACGGGGGGCCGGGCGAGGACGGGGCGCAGCCCGAGCCCCUGCCCGAGUCCCCGCCCGAGCCCCCGCCGGAGCCCGCGCCCGAGCCCGGGGAGCCCGCCGCGCCGGAGGAGCCCGGGGACCCCGGGGCGGCGGCGGAGGAGCGCGGCGACGGGGACUCCUCGGCCACGGCCUCGCGCCCGCCGUCCCCGGCCAGCCCCGAGACGUCCGAGCCCGAGCCCGAGCCCGCGGGGCCGCCGCCCGCGAAGCCCCCGAAGGAGCUGAAAUUCCUGAGCGAGGAGGCCCCGGGCGAGGACGAGGAGUGGACCGAGGAGGUGCAGCGCGAGCAGGAGCGGCAGCUGCGCGCCGAGCUCCUGGGCCAGUACCGCGCCCUGCUGGUGGAGCGCGGCCAGUACCAGCGCUACAGCCUCUACCUGCAGCACAAGGUCUCCCAGGCCCUGCGCAAGAAGAAGGGCCUGGAGGCCGGCGAGGCGCCCGAAAGGGACGCGGAGCCCGAGAACCCCGAGAAGGAGAACACGUACCUGCACUACCUGGCCAUGCUGGAGGAGCUGAGGAAGCAGCGCGCCGACGACCUGGACUGGUAUCACCAGGAGCUGGAGCAGCUCAAGCAGCAGUGCGUGGAGAAGCUGACCAGGGUGGACAGGGCCUGGCAGCGGUUCCAGGCCCUCAAGAAGCAGGUGAUGAUGCAGGUCAUGGGCAGCUGCCGCCUGCGGGGCGGGCGCCAGGCUGCGCUGCGGGAGGUGGAGCAGAUGCAGAAGCUGGAGGACAAGAAGGAGGAGGAGAUGCGGGCCGUGCGGCUGGAGAACAUGCAGCUGAAGCAGAGCCUGGCGCAUUUCGAGACCAGGAUGCGGGCCCAGGAGGACCUGACCGAGGGGCUGCUGCUCAUCGAUUUUGAGCAGCUGAAGAUCGAAAACCAGACCUUCAACGAGAAGGUGGAGGAGCGCAACGAGGAGCUGCUGAAGCUGCGCAGCAAGGUCAACACCAACGUGCAGGUCGUCACCCACGUCAAGGAGAAGCUGCACCACGUGGAGCUGCAGAACUCGGGCCUGAGGGCGCAGCUCCUGGACACCGAGUCCCAGGUGGCCCUGCAGCGCGACGUCCUGACCAAGACCAAGCAGGCCCGGGACGUCCUGCGGAUCGACAACGCCAAGCUGAACCGCAAGUGCGGGCUCCUGGGCAAGGAGGCGCUCCUCCAGGACCUGGAAGAGAAGGUGGACAAGAGCGACGCGCUCAGCCAGCGCCUGGACUUCCUGAAGCGCCACCACGCCGGCCUGACGCUGUCCUGCAGGGGCGUGAAGCAGAAGAUCCGGGAGGCCAAAGCCUUUCUCCCCUCUUGACGGGCAGGCGGGAAGGCAGCAGGAGGCGCCCCUCCCCCGCUGGCCUGCGCGCCACCCGCGCCAUCCUCGACCCCGGCACUUGGGAUGGGGCUGCGCUUUGUUGCAACUUUUCAGCCUCCACAGCAGCCUGAGCACACAGUGGGUCCGCGACUGUGCUGGGAAAAGCAAAACAGGUCUCGAGACACAAAACAGGGCCGACGACACCGUCCCUGACUCCACGGAGAGCUGUCAAGGCCCUUGCAUCUGGACAGCGUCCGUCGCGGUGACCUGACACCGAGGACCGCCCCUCCUCCCCCGGCAUGCAGAAGGGACGAAAAGGCUAUCAAGAGGGCAAGGUCCCCCCAAAACACUCCCUGCACAGGAAGCUAAUUAUUAAACUCCCUUUGAAUCUGCUUGCCAGUGAGUCCUGAGUCACCGACUGAAGGGCGAGCUCGCCGCCCGCGCCCCCGCGCCCGGUCCCAGCUGCUGUGUGUGUUACUAUGACGCGUUUGUCGUCUGUCGCCAGUAGGAACCUGACGCCCAGGGCACGGGAAGGAGGCUGUUCCGUCUUCUUCCCGGACGGGCUGGGGCUACUUAAGCCUCAGGCUGGUGUCCGGCCCCGACUCCUCAUGGUGGCGUCUUCCUGCGGCUGUGCCUCGCCCGGUACCAAUGAUGAUUUUUUUUUUUCUGUGAAGACAAAAUGACGACACCGCGUGUUUCCCACGGGCAAAGCCCAGGCGUGGCGGCCGCG